AUGUCCCUAAUUUACAUUAACACAACACUGGCAUUCACUAUCUCCCUAAUGGGGAUAUUAAUGUACCGAUCACACCUAAUGUCCUCACUACUAUGUCUAGAGGGCAUAAUACUCUCCCUAUUCGUAAUAAUCACCAUUACAAUCCUAACUAACCACUUCACACUAGCCAACAUAGCACCCAUCAUCCUCCUCGUACUAGCAGCAUGCGAGGCUGCCCUAGGCCUCUCUCUACUAGUACUUGUAUCUAACACAUACGGCACGGACUACGUACAAAACCUAAACCUGCUACAAUGCUAA